UCUAAGACGGCCCAAACUGAACGACCAUCACACUCAAGUAAGAGCAUCCUCAUCCUCUUUGCUAAACAAAACCACUAUACUGCACCUGUAAAACCUCAAAGUACAACGUAUAGAAGGUGAAAUGGUGGUGUCUCUUAGACUACCUUCUCUCACUUCCCUCUUUUUCCAUACUCCAUCAAUUCGCCGGUCGUCGGCGUUUUGUAGGCGGCGCCACUAUUGCCGUUCGCCGCCUCUAACAUCGUCCUUCUCUGCUCAGAGUGCGGCUUCGAGCCCUCCGGAGACCGAGGAACGAGUUGAUAACCUGAAGAAUCGAGUCAACCAGGACCGAGUCAUUACUCCCCGAUCUCAAGACUUCAAUGCUUGGUAUCUCGAUGUUAUUGCCAACGCCGAGCUUGCUGAUUAUGGUCCUGUUCGUGGUACUAUGGUAAUUCGUCCUUAUGGAUAUGCUAUCUGGGAGGCAAUCCAGGAUUAUUUAAAUGUUAAGUUCAAGGAGACUGGUCACAGCAACAUGUACUUUCCUCAGUUUAUACCUUACUCGUUUAUAGAGAAAGAAGCUAGUCAUGUUGAGGGCUUUAGUCCUGAAUUGGCUUUGGUAACUAUUGGUGGAGGAAAGGAGCUUGAAGAAAAACUUGUGGUUCGACCUACUAGUGAAACUAUAGUGAAUCACAUGUUUACUCAGUGGAUUCAUAGUUACCGCGAUCUUCCUCUCAUGAUCAACCAGUGGGCAAAUGUCACAAGAUGGGAGAUGCGCACAAAACCAUUUGUGAGGACUCUUGAGUUUCUCUGGCAAGAGGGUCAUACAGCUCAUGCUACUCCUGAGGAAGCGGAAAAAGAGGCUUUACAGAUGAUUGAAGUCUAUACAAAAUUUGCUUAUGAGCAAGCUGCAAUACCUGUUGUUGCAGGUCGAAAGUCAAGGUUGGAAACCUUUGCUGGCGCUGUUAGGACAUAUACAAUAGAGGCUAUGAUGGGUGAUCGUAAGGCAUUACAGGCUGGAACCAGCCACAACCUUGGCCAAAAUUUUUCUCGGGCUUUUGGAACUCAGUUCACUGACGAAAGUGGACAAAGGCAGCAUGUCUGGCAGACAUCAUGGGCCAUCAGUACCCGCUUUGUUGGUGGUAUUAUCAUGACACAUGGAGAUGAUGCAGGCUUAAUGCUUCCCCCCAAAGUAGCACCAAUACAGGUUGUGAUUGUGCCAAUUUGGAAGAAGGAUAAUGAGAAAGCUGGAGUUCUCAGUGCAGCAUCAUCUGUGAAAGAAGUUCUGCAAUCUGCUGGUCUCAAAGUUAAACUUGAUGAUUCAGAUCAGAGAACCCCAGGAUGGAAGUUCAAUUUCUGGGAGAUGAAGGGAGUACCUUUGAGGAUUGAAAUUGGUCCUCGAGAUGUAUCAAGUGGAAGCGUGGUCAUAUCUAGGAGAGAUAUUCCUGGUAAGCAAGGAAAAGUUUUUGGAAUAUCUAUGGAGCCUUCAAUUUUAGAAGGUUAUGUCAAGGACAAGUUGGAUGAGAUCCAGUCAUCCCUUUUGGAAAGAGCAACAUCAUAUCGGGACAGUAAUAUUGUGGAUGUUAGCUCGUAUGAUGAACUCAAAGAAGCAAUAUCCCUUGGCAAAUGGGCAAGGGGUCCUUGGUCAGCCAGUGAUGCUGAUGAAUUAAAGGUGAAAGAAGAAACAGGAGCAACAAUUCGAUGUUUUCCCUUUGAACAGCCUCAAGGGACUAAAACAUGUUUGAUGACUGGCGAGCCAGCAGAAGAAGUUGCGAUUUUUGCUAAAUCUUAUUAAUUAUUAAGGUGUUCACCCUCCCUCUUCAAACAAUCAAGCUUGUUCAAGGGAGCAUUCUAAUCAGGGAAAAUUUCGUCAGGAUUUUCUUUUUAUUUAUAAGUUGCAUCAGAUUGGCAAAGCAAGGGAACUAAUCAAUUACUGUGAAUUGUUGAAGAUUAGACAUUAUAUUGUGAUUCUUUUACCUAUAUAUGCAAGAGAUGUGAAUUAUUGAAUAUUUUCAAUUGGCUCUUUGAGCUAUGUCUAUUCUAGGUAACAAAAGAAAAUAUAUAUAGAAUACAUGUAAAGGAAUUCCAAGAUUAGUUUGGUUGGUAAUCUGUCCUUAUCUUUUAAGGAUUAAUUUGCAUUAUUUGGUUGGUA